CUGAAAUCCCUCUCUCUCUCUUUUUGUGCUCCUCUUCUCACCCUCCCUCGUCCACGCGACACGUUAUUUGGCAUUAUUGCCGCCAUCCAGGACUCUCUCGUCCCCCUCCUUUCCAUCCCCUCAAUCGACCCUGAACAUGAUGAAUAAGAACCACAGUAUCACACAAACUAGCUCUCCUGGUUGAGGACUUAUCUCCCGGGAUUGUUUUGCUCCUGCAGCGUUCUUAGCCCAAUUCGAGUUGCGUCCUUUCUCCUUCGCUUCCUCUCGCUCGCUUCCCAAUAGACCCAUCUCAGGCCUCUUCUACCACCUCCCUUCCUCACUCAAGAAUCGACAUGUCUAACCAUCACCAUCGUCGAUCGGGCCAAUCACGCCGUCAGCAGUCUGUUGACUAUCCACGAUACCCUCCAGUUUCUUCAACAACACAACAACCACCGACACCCUUAACCGCGCCUCUACAAAAUCCUACCUCCUACGCCAAUUUUCAACCCCCUCCUCAACCGCCGCCCCAAUCAUAUAUCCCCACGUCGGAUUACGAGUCGGACUUUCAAGGAUAUCAAUCAGAACACCCGUCCAAACCCCCUCCCAUCCGAAGCAACGAGGAAUUGAACCUGUCCGUCUUGAAACGGCAUAAUUCUUCCAUCACAGGCAUCCUUUCCAUAGCGCCUUAUGCGGUAGUCUAUGAGUUUUCCCCUGUGCCAGAACCACAAUGGACCAAGACUGGCGUGGAAGGUUCACUAUUUAUUUGUGAACUUAGUCCCGGGCCCUAUGGAGAAGACAGAUACUCUAUAAUCAUUCUCAACCGACGAGGUUUGGACAACUUCGAGGCAGAACUGCGCGAGGGAGAGGACGCUGGCGUUGAAAUCACUGGUGAAUAUGUUAUCCUCAGUUUCAAACAGAGCCACCAACAAAAGAUCUAUGGGGUCUAUAUUUUUCACGAUGGUCCGGGGACUUCUACCGAACACGCUCAGGAUUUGAAUGGCGAACUCAUGAAGAAGCUCGCAGAUCAUGCGGGAGCCAGCAGACAGGCCGCCGAAGCCGCAGCCUUGGCCGCUCAAGCCCAACAUACUAACGGCCACGUCAGAGAGGCAGAGGCUUCGAUAAUCAAUCAGUCUGCCAAUGCGCCAAAUGCUGCCGGCCAACAAAUAUCACUCCAACAACUCUUUGGCCAACAAAGAGCGGAUGAUUCGUCUUGGAGUGUUCGAGUUCAUGAUAUGCAACAACCUCCGCCCGCACCACCAGGUGCCGUCAGUGGUCAAUAUCCUGGACCAACACUUACAUCUGCAUCCCAGCCGCCUGACGUAUUGGGUGAUCUUUUCCGAAGAGCUGGAUUGGGUGCUAGAUAGUGGACAAAGCACUCGGACUUUGUCUAGUCUGACAAGGUAUGGCAUUGGGCCAUUUGCUACCAUACUGAUGUAAUCCAAUAAACAACGUCUCUCGUCAGUCCACGACCGAUGAAAGCAUCAUGA